UUUGAUUGAAUUAGACGAUGUUGGAGAAGAAACUGAAGUUUGUGAGCCUGCAAUGGAUAGAAUUCGUGAUUUAUUUCGUUUUGACGACGAAAAAGAUGAAGAAGAAAAUGACGGUUUUGAUAAUAUUGAAUUAAAUUUGGUCGAACCUCCAAAAUUAAAUUUAUUAAAACAUUCAAAUGAAAUUGGUUUAUUAUCAUUUAAUGAUGAUGAAGAAGAAAAUUUGGAAUUUGAGGAACCAAAAAGUGGAUCUUCUAAACAAAAGUAA